CGUGGACUAAACUGAGAUCUCUCUCGUUCCUCUUCAAAACCUCAGGCAAGAUGGCGGCCAUUCGAGUGGGCAAGUUGGGCAUCGAGACCAGCGCUCUGUUCCUUUGUGACAUGCAGGAGAAGUUCCGACAGCGCGUGGCGUUCUUCCCCGAGAUCGUAUCGUUUGCGGACCGGAUGUUGCAGGGAGCCCGCAUUCUGGACAUCCCCAUCCUGGUGUCAGAACAAUAUCCCAAGGGUCUGGGCCCAACGGUCCCGGAGUUGGGAACAUCAGGAAUGAGAAAGAUCAGCAAGACUUGCUUCACCAUGAUGUGCCCGGACUUGGAGCGAGAGAUCGAAUCUCUUCCCCGCCUGAAGUCCGUCAUUCUGUGUGGGAUCGAGACUCAGGCUUGUAUCAUGAGCACAACACUCGAUCUCCUCGAGAAAGGAUUCGAAGUCCACGUCAUCGCUGACGCCUGUUCAUCGCGCAGGUGA